UUUAGUUACAAAUGAAUCUAUCUAAUCUAGCUAGGUAUCUGGGAAGUGGAAAAUCAACACCACACUUUAUUCACUCACUUUACUCACUUAAUAGUAUUCCAUUUUUAUUCUGAUUUUCAUUUCAGUGAAUACAAAAUUACACAAAUGAAGCUUGAUCCAACAAUUUUCUCAUUAUCAUUCAUUCUUCCAUUCAUCAUUAUCAUAUUCAUAUUCAUAAUUCUUUUCUCUCCCAUAAACCCAAAACCCGGUUUCAACCGUAACCCGGAAACUCACGACCCGACAAUUCCCUCUCCGUCUGAUUCUCAACUUCAUCAUCAUCAUCAUCAUCAACCCAGCGAAGAUGAUCCAACUCCAAUUCUCGUUUCCGAUACGCCACCCCAAUUUCCGGAUGAAGAUGACCCGAACCCGACAAUGGAGUCGGGUCAGGCUGAAUUGAAGAAGAAAAAUACGAGGAAAACCAAGAAGAAUAAGAUGAUGACGAUGACGACGAAUUCUGAGGAUGAAAUUGAUGAUGACAAGAGUGUGGAGAUGAAUAGAGAAAUUUUGGGUUUGGAUACCCGACCCGAAUCCGUUCGUUUGGACCCGUUUACUUCUUCAAGUAGUGCUAUGCAGAAGAAGAUGAAACCGCAGUAUGAUGAAUCCAAAAAAUUGUCACUUUCACAGGUUGUUCAGUUUGCAAAUAGUUUGGUUGAUGCUAGGAGUGAGCUACAACACAAGGCUGAUGCGACACAACGCAAGUUUGUGAUAACAAAUGCUUUACUAUGCAAGGCAGACAGAUCUUCUUUCGACCGACUUCGACAACAGAUAUACAAGCUUGAAUUAGAGCAAAAACAAUUAGAAGAGGAUGCUUUUGUUUAUAAUUGGCUUCAACAACAGCUUAAACUCUCACCAGCAUACAACAAGAUGCUUGAACUUGGAGUUUCCAUGGAAAAGGAAAAAUCAUGUAAGAUGGGAGAGUUAAGAGAUGAUGAAGUUUGUGACAUUUCUUUUGAAGAAUUAUUAGCACAAGAAAAGAAGGAUACAUUUUGGCAAAGAAAUGGGAAAUCAAGACUAUGCUCAAGCUAAAUGACAUUUGCUAGUUUAGAUAACUUAAACUAGAGUUAGUUUAUAUUGUAAAUCCAAAUGCAAUUUAUCUAUUUUGUAUUUCUCACAGCAUGCCCUUCUUGAUUCUUUUCCAGUCCUAUUUUUGUUGGUUAUAUGGAAUAUAGAUAUACAUAUUUUGAGUUUCUUUUAGAAAUUUUGAAUGGAAGAGACAUUUAGUGA